AUGAGCGAUUUGCCCACCUCGCUUCCCCCGCCCGUCGCCCUCGCUCUUCCCGCGCACCACCUCCUCCCCGCCCGUCGCCUCGCCUCCUCCCUGCCCGUCGCCUUUGCUUCCUCCGCCCGCCCUCGCUUCUCCCCUCCCGUUGCCCUCGCUUCCCAUACCCGCCGCCCUCGCUUCCCCCGCCCGUCGUGUACCGCAUCUUCCCCGCCUACCACCCUCGCCUCGCGGGUCGCCAUCGCCGCCUCCCCCUCCCGUCGACCUCGCUUUCCCCCUCCCGUCGACCUCGCUUUCCCCCUCCCAUCCACCUCGCUUUCCCCCUCCCGUCGACCUCGCUUUCCCCCUUCCGUCGGCCUCGCUUUCCCCCUCCCGUCGCCCUCGCUUUCCCCCUCCCGUCGCCCUCGUUUUCCCUCCCCAUCGCUCGCCGAGUCGACCUCUCCUCUCCCACCUGUCGCUGCGUCAACAUUGUUCUCAUUCCCGCCGCUGACGUCUUCGUCGAGCGUACCCUCUUCUUCGCCCUCGCUUCCUUCCUCCGUCGCCCAUGCCCAUUCCCCUCCCUCGCGCCGACGCCCUGGUUUCCCGCCCCGCCGCCUUCUCUACCCUUCCCAGUGCCCUGGUUUACCACCUCUUUUUUUCCCCACCCAAAGCUUCACUCUCACCCACUUCGUGGUGUUCCCCCCUGUUCACUCCCUUUCCCCAUGCCCACCCUCAUCCCCUUGCUCACUCCGCGCUCGCCUGCGGGCCUCAUCACGACGUCCGCCCGCCCUCUCACACUCGCCACGCCUCCCCACGCACCCUUCCUCAUAA